CGUCAAGAUGCCAGUACGACUGACCAGGACCAUAUCAAGACAAGAAGCCCUCAGAAGAGUUCUGAACAACAUCCAACUGAACUCCUGUGUGUAUCAGGGACUAGGCUACCGACCUGUGAACCCUGAUCACCAGACUACUAGCUGAGGGUCUCUUGUCACUAAACAUUUGCUGCUUCACUCACUUCUCCUCACUUUCAGCUCUCCCCAUUCUCUGAACUUUGACCUGAGGCCUCUAGACUCCCAGUUCUCUGAACUUUGACCUCAGGCCUCUAGACUCACCGUUCAUUGAACUUCGACCUCAGGCCUCUAGACUCCCCGUUCUCUGAACUUCGACCUCAGGCCUCUAGACUCCCCAUUUCUCUCUCCCUAUUCUCCACUCCUGUCUGGUCAUGGCUCCGUCCCUGGCCACAGCAUUUGCCAGGCGGUGGUGGAUGGCGGUGACAGCCAUCAUAGAAAACCUGCUGUUCUCAGCUGUCCUGUUGGGCUGGGGAUCACUACUCAUCAUGCUCAAGUCUGAAGGCUACUACUCCUACAUGUGCAAUGGAGAAGGUAACCACACCUCCUCCUCCAACCUGUCUGUCCCCCUCCCCCCACCAGAGGGCGAUGAUGACUACAGUGAUUACUACUCUGAGGCAGAGGGUGUGGUGGGGUUAGGGGAUGGGGUAGAGAUGAGGCCCCUGGCCCCCCAGGACCCCAAUGGCCCUAUGAGGAUGAACGGCUGGCUCAUCUGUAAGGACCAGGAUGAGAUGUUGAACCUGGCCUUCACAGUGGGAUCAUUCCUUCUAUCAGCCAUCACUCUGCCGCUGGGCAUCGUCAUGGACAAAUACGGACCACGCAACCUACGACUGCUGGGCAGUGCCUGUUUCUCCUUCUCUUGUCUUCUCAUCGCCUACGGAGCAUACAACCCUGAUGAGCUGUCAAUCCUGAUCUUCAUCGCGCUGACAUUUAACGGCUUCGGAGGAAUGUGCAUGACCUUCACCUCCCUCACGCUCCCUAACAUGUUUGGUGAUCUGCGUUCUACAUUCAUUGCUCUGAUGAUUGGUUCCUAUGCCUCCUCUGCUGUCACCUUCCCUGGAGUCAAGGUGAUCUAUGACCUUGGUGUGACCUUCAUCACCAUCAUGGUUGUCUGGGCAGCGUGUUCCGGCCUCGUCUUCUUCAACUGCUUCUUCAACUGGCCCCUGGAACCUUUCCCUGGCCCCGAGGACAUGGACUAUAGUGUGAAGGUAAAGUUCAGUUGGCUGGGUUUUGACCAUAAGAUCACAGGGAAGCAGUUCUACCAUCAGGUGACCACGGUGGGGAAGCGUCUGAGUGUGAGCAACAGUCUGAAGCAGAGAGAGCUGGCCACUAAGGAAGGACACAAACUCUGUCUCUCAACCAUGGACCUGGAGGUCAGCAAAAGACCCAAUGAGGAAUCCCAGUCGUUCAUGCAGAGCAUCAUCAGCCCUCUCUUCAUCCUCUCUCUGGUCACCAUGUCCAUCACUCAGCUCCGUCUCAUCUUCUACAUGGGAGCCAUGAACAACAUCCUGGAGGCCCUCAGCGAUGGAGACCUCAACACUGUCAGUUUGUACUCCUCUAUCUUCGGGAUGCUGCAGCUACUAUGUCUGAUGACGACUCCAGUGAUUGGUCAGAUUAUGGACUGGAAGCUGAAGGACUGCGAAGAUGCAGAGGGAGAGGAGGAAACGUGUAGCAAGGACCAGCUCAAGGCCAAGCCCAGAGACAGACAGAUCCAGAAGGUGACCAAUGCAAUGCGAGCGUUCAUCCUGACCAAUGUCCUAUUGGUGGGAUUCGGCAUCACCUGCCUGGUUCCCAACCUCCCACUGCAGAUCCUGUCAUUUGUCCUCCAUACUGUUGUGAGAGGGUUCAUCCACUCUGCAACCGGAGGUCUCUACGCUGCUGUGUACCCGUCGUCUCAGUUUGGCAGUCUGACGGGGAUGCAGUCUCUGGUGUCUGCUCUGUUUGCUCUGUUCCAGCAGCCGCUCUUCAUGGCCAUGAUGGGCCCUCUGAAGGGAGACCCACUCUGGGUGAAUGUAGGCCUGUUGGGGGUCAGUAUGCUGGGCUUCCUGCUGCCACUGUACCUAGUGUGUUUCAGACGCACACUGCACCGCCAGAUACAGGACAGAGACCAGGACUCCAAGAUAUACCUCAAGAUCAACGGGUCCAGCAAACCUGAAGCUUUCGUCUAGAAAAGGGAGAGAGGGAGAAGAGGGGAGAAGGUGGGAGGAGAUGGGAGGGAGAAGAGGGGAGAAGAGUGUUGCUCUACGUUGAAUCUGCAGAGGACACACACAUACACAAAGAUAUCUACACAUGCCCACACACACACAUACACACAGAUAUCUACACACACCCACACACACACAUACACACAGAUAUCUACACACGCCCACACACACAUACGUACACACAGAUAUCUACACAUGCCCACACACACACACAUACACACAUAUCUACACACGCCCACACACACACACAUACGUACACACACACUUUUGAAGAGACCCAUGUAAGAACGUCUCCUCUUGUCAUGAAAACAUACUACCUUGGACAGACACUAAGGACUGAACAAGAGAGAGGGGAGAGACUGUGAAAGGAAAGGGUCAUCAGCCCCCCCACUUCUUCUUCUCCUCUUGUCAUGAAAACAUACUACCUUGGACAGACACUAAGGACUGAACAAGAACAAGAGAGAGGGGAGAGACUGUGAAAGGAAAGGGUCAUCAGCCCCCCCACUUCUUCUUCUCCUCUCCUCUCAUGUUCUCCUCUGUUCACCUCUCAUGUUCUCCUCUCAGUUCUCCUCUCAGUUCUCCUCUCCUCUCCCCUCCCCUCCCCUCCUCUCUCCUUUUCUCCCCUCUUCUCUUCACAUACGGUGCUCACUACGCCCCCCCCUCCCCUUUCUAGCUCUGAAAUGACAUCCUAUGCCUGGAUGUCCCACCUAGCUAUCUUAAGAUGGAUGCACUACUGAGUUUGUAGAUGAUGCUCUGAGAGGAGUUCAGGGUUGGUAACCAUGGUGACAGACAGGAUGGGUGGUGUUCUACAGUUGGUAACCAUGUUGAAGGACAGUGGGAGGUGUUCUAGGUUUAAGGACCAUGGUGAUAGACAGGGUGGGAGGUGUUCUACAGUUGGUAACCAUGAUGAUAGACAGUGGAUGGAGUUCUACAGUGGGUAACCAUGGUGACAGACAGCUGGAAGUGUUUUAGGGUUGGUAACCAUGGUGACAGAUAGGGUGGGAGGUGUUCUAGGGUUGAGGACCAUGGUGACAGACAGGGUGGGAGGUGUUCUACAGUUGGUAACCAUGGUGACAGACAAUCGGGGUGUCUCUAGCGCCAGGCGACCCACCAUUACGCACACCUGUCACCAUCAUUGCAUUCAUUUGCGCAAUAUUGGACUCACCUGGACUCCAUUACUUUGUAGAUUGCCCUUCUAUAUCUGUCUGCUCCUCAGUUUGUUCCCCGUGUCAGCAUUAUUGUUACUAUGUUUUCCCUGUCCAGACGCUGUCCUUGUUUGUUUCUUGUCUGUUAUCCAUUAAAUGUUCACUCGCUGUACUUGCCUCUCGUCUCCCAGCGUCUGUCCUUACAGGGGAGGUGUUCUAGGUUUGUUAACCAUGGUGACAGACAUGGUGGGAAGUGUUCUAGGGCUGGUAACCAUGGUGACAGACAUGGUGGGAGAUGUUCUAGAGUUGGUAACAACCUGACACAAACACACCUCAUCCAACACCAGCCACCAUGGAGACCAACUUCCACCAAACAUCUAUUCAUCCAUCAUUGCUAUUUAUUCUCUGGUUCUUUCAUUUUUUAUUUCCACCUGAUCAACCAGCUGAGCUUCAUAAAGAUAUGGUUGAACCUUUCUAGCUCAGGCGUUCCGCUGGUGACCCACCUCGACAACAUCCGGUGAAAUUGCAGAGCGCCAAAUUCAAACUACAGAAUUAUAAAUAUUUAACAUUCAUGAAAAUACAAGUGUAAUACAUCAAAAUAAAGCUUAACUUCUUGUUAUUCCAGCCGCUGUGUCAGAUUUCAAAAAGGCUUUACGACAAAAGCACACCAUGCGAUUAUCUGAGGACAGCGCCCCUCAUACAAAACCAUGGAAAACAUUGUUCAACCAGGCAGGUGCGACACAAAAGUCAGAAAUAGCGAUAUAAUAAAUGCCUUACCUUUGAAGAUCUUCUUCUGUUGGCACUCCAAAAGGUCCCAGUUACAUCACAAAUUGUCCUUUUGUUCGAUAAAGUCCUUCUUUAUAUCCAUAAAAACAUCAGUUUAGCUGGCGCGCUUCAGUCAAUAAUCCACCGGUUUCCCUCCUUCAAAAUGCAUACAAGAUGAAUCCCAAACGUUACUAAUAAACUUUUCCAAACAAGUCAAACAACGUUUAUAAUCAAACCUUAGGUACCCUAAUAAGUAAAUAAACAAUAAAAUUUAAGACGAACAAUAGUAUGUUCAUUACCAGAGAUAAAUAACAAAGAACUCGCUUUCCUCCAAGCACAUGGAAAGACUAUAGCCGAAAUGGGAGCCACUUAGAAAAACUUCUAACUCAUUUUUCCAACAACCAGCCUGAAACUCUUUCUAAUGACUGUUGACAUCUGGUGGAAGCCCUAGGAACUGCAAUCUGGGAGGUUUUAGCCUUAUAAUAAAAGUGACAGCCAGUGGUAGGCCAAGUAUAUGCAUAUCCUUCUGGGCCUGAGUAACAGGCCGUUUACUUUACGCUUUUUAUCUGGACGUCAAAAUACUGCCCCCUACCCAAGAGAGGUUAACCGACUGACUCAAAAUACUGGCCCCUACCCAAGAGAGGUUAACCGACUGACUCAAAAUACUGCCCCCUACCCAAGAGAGGUUAACCGACUGACUCAAAAUACUUCCCCUACCCAAGAGAGGUUAACCGACUGACUCAAAAUAAUGCCCCCAACCCAAGAGAGGUUAACCGACUGACUCAAAAUACUGCCCCCUACCCAAGAGAGGUUAACCGACUGACUCAAAAUACUGCCCCCUACCCAAGAGAGGUUAACCGACUGACUCAAAAUACUGCCCCCUACCCAAGAGAGGUUAACCGACUGACUCAAAAUACUGCCCCCUACCCAAGAGAGGUUAACCGACUGACUCAAAAUACUGCCCCCUACCCAAGAGAGGUUAACCGACUGACUCAAAUACUGCCCCUACCCAAGAGAGGUUACCCGACUGACUCAAAAUACUGCCCCCUACCCAAGGGAGGUUAACCGGCUGACUCAAAAUACUGCCCCCUACCCAAGAGAGGUUAACCGACUGACUCAAAAUACUGCCCCCUACCCAAGAGAGGUUAACCGACUGACUCAAAAUACUGCCCCCUACCCAAGAGAGGUUAACCGACUGACUCAAAAUACUGGCCCCUACCCAAGAGAG